GUGAAUGGGAUGGAAGAAGAGUUCUUGUUUUGUAUGUCAGUUUCUGUCUUUUUCUACAUUUUUGGUUAAAAAUCAACCGAACAACGCGAAGAUUCCCUUUAAUAACCCCCCAAAAAACUUUAGGUCAGCAAAAGGAUUCAUUUCAUCCGCGGGAUAGGAUUUUGGUGGUGAAAUGCCCGGCUGUUUGUAGAUAUAUAUUUAAAUAAUUGGCGAGUGUGUGUAAGUGUAUGAAGAUCGGUGUUUGACUGCUGGAAGAGUGUGUACAAGGCUCCACCCCCCCGCUCUGCCAGUUGGAUGGUGUUCAAGACGGCAGACGCUGGGAAGGCAGCCGUGUUGGGUUUUGGGAAGAAAGGAUCGAUGAUGGAACUACAAAAUUUACAGGAAGCACUUAAAGUGGAAAUCCAGAUCCAUCAGAAACUCGUAACCCAGAUGAAGCAAGAUCCACAGAAUGCUGAGUUGAAGCUGCAGCUCCGCGACCUGCAGGCCAAGAUCACAGCCCUGAGUGAGCGGCAGAAAAAGGUGGUGGAGCAGUUAAGGAGAGAUCUUCUGGUGAAACAGGACGACUUGAAGCUCCAGACGCUACAAGCUGACGGCCAAAUGUCUACCCUGCUCAUCACACAGACACAGCCGUCCCUGCCUGCUGCCAGCCUAACCACUACACAGAACUCUGUGGCCCCUGUCAUUGCUUCAAAAACUCUACCUCUGGUGCUGAGAGCUGCCACAACCACCUCACCUAUCAUCAUGACACCAGCACCCACCAUCACCGUUGUUACAACCCUAGGCAACACUCUCCUUGCAAGCCCUCCUAGCGCAGAUCCUCAAAACUCCCCAGUAAACUUCCAACCGGUCCUCCAAACAACCAAUCAGGGAGCAGAGCCAAUACGAGUCAUGCCUAAUAGCACCAUCGUUGUUCAAGCUGCCUCUCAGCCAAUCAAAGUUCCUCAGUUUGUCCCACCUACCAGACAGACAACACGGCCAGCCACUUUGCUGCAGGUCAGGCCAAAACCUCCAGCCUCUUUAUCUUCAGCAGCUGGUCAGGUCUCUGUUCAGACCUUACAGUCGCCGGUGUUACUGAGCACUGCCCUUCCCUCCUCUGGACACGUUCAGCAGAUGCGUAUCCUCAAUGGCCUACCCUGCCACAACAACACAGGCAUCCUGAUCUGUCCUUCUGCACACACGCAACAACCUACCCAGACAAACACACAGCAGUUACACAACAUCCCAAGCUCUGACAACACGAUACCCGUAGUUGAAUAUGCGACAGAGCCAAAGACUUCAUUGCUCAUCUUUCCAGACACACCUACACACACUUCACCUCCGCCGUCCGUUGAUGCACCAUCUGCACCCACAAACACAACUUCCACCAAACAUCAGGACAACCCUCUGAAACUGGCCUUCAUGCUGUCUCUAGGACUGGUCACGCGCGACUAUUUAGAAGAGAUUCAGAGCAGGCGUCAGGAGCGUAAGAGACGAACAACUGCAAAUCCAAUAUAUAGUGGAGCCACGUUUGAACCAGAGCGGAAGAAGAGCUCUAUGUCAUAUCUGAGUUCCAUAAAUCAGUCCAGCCGAAAAAUAGGUCGCCCUUCUAAAAACUGCAGUAUUGUGGAGUGGGGGCCCCUUCCCCCAACCACCAGCAGCCAUCAUUCAGCCUUCACAGACCUACAGCGGCCCACCACGGGCAGCCCAUUCUCCCCUGCCCUUUCACUCACCCUUCCAUCACAUUCACCCUCACUCAGCCCCAUCUCAGCAGGGGAUAUGCUGCAAAAGGAAGAUGCUAUUGAGUGGCCAGGGACACUUGCUAUUGUCCAUUCCUACAUCUCUUAUAAAGCAGCUAAAGAGGGAGAGAAAGAUCGUCUGUUGAGGUGGAGCACAGAGCUGCGGCAGGAGAGGGAGACACUGGAGCACAGAGCAGGACAGCUCAACAACUCCCUAACGAGUUGUAUGGCUAGCAAAAACAGCGUAUUAACCAAGCAGAGAGAGAUGGAGACCUCACUGGAGAAAAUUAGAGGGCUGGUGCGUCUGAUCAGAGGGAUCCAGUUGUGCCCCCUCUCUUACCCAGAGUUCAUGUCUUCUGUGGGCGUGGCUAAUGGAGACGUGUACCACAAUGGAGCUUCCAAACCCAGCAGCUCCAACGCAGUCACCACAGACACAAACAAUAACACAAAUAACACGACGAGCUCCUCCGAAGCUAUGGUGAUGAUUAGCACACACACAAGCGCGAGCGAUACGCUGAACCAAAUCGCCACAAAUAACAACACGGUGAAGACCGAUACUUGUAACACAAAGGGCAUCACAAGCAGUGAGGGAACCGAAGACAGCACACAAAUAAAAAGUGUGGCCAGAAUCAAAGGUGAACCCACGAACAGCACAGCCUUCAGCAAUAACAGCAGCAACCAGGGGGUUCCCAGUACCAAUGGAACAGUGUCGGCAGGUGAGGAAACUAUAAAAAAACAUAAAAACAACAACAACAGUGACCUCAGCGUCAUCCCACAAGCCCUCCUCGGCACAAUCGUACCCCUUACAGAAGUGACGGAGGGAGUUAAAUAACAUCAAAAACCGCACCGCGUUUGGAGCGUAAAGUGUGCCAGUUAACAGUAUUGUUGUGUGUUUUUGUCUCAUCUCUUGUACCUAUGAGGGAAAGAAAAUCCAUAGUGCCAUUUACUACAUGCAGGAAGGAGGUUCCUAAAGUACCAGCAAUGUGUAUGCUUACACACACUGAAAAGAUUUCUUCAAAGAAUAAUGAUAUAGAAAAUAAAUGAAAAGAGUAAUAAAAUUUAAAGUUAUCACACCAUUGUGUGCCUGAUAUAGUUGCCAUAGCACCUCUGAGUGGAAAAGCUUCGAAAUAGUUGGGUGAAGGUCUCGUUCCUGUAUCCCUCUGGUAGAUGAGAAGUGCAGCUUCCUAUCAGGUCCUGUAGCUCUGAUCUAAGAAAUAAGAUGUGAAGUAUUGAGGAGUUCAGUGUCUGUUUUGUCUGUGAAACGCAGCCGAGGUGCAGUUGUUUUGUCUACGUUUUGAGUUACUGUGUCUGUUUCUAAAGCUCCAGGGCAGAACAUGGAGCACAAAAUAUGUUGUCACAUAUACAGGUCUUCCAGACGUUCUGCUGGAGAUUUCACUAUUAUCAUUUGCGUCGUAGUGUUUUUAAAAACUGAAACAUUUCUGUAAAUAUGUUUUGCUACUUUUACAAAUAUUUUUCGUCUUAAAAUAUUCUUUAGUUCUGUUCUGCCAAAUAAUUGAUGCCACAGGGAACUGUUAUUUUAUUGUAUUCUGAACAUUAAAUAGAUAUUUAUAAGUAGUAGAGUAGUAUUUGUAGUGUCAGUCCUGAAUUGUCUGUGAGGUUAAUUCUGACCAUGCCUUAUCUACUGAACAGAUGUGAUUUAAUGAGAGCGCAGUUCUAUCUCAGUCACUCGUUGUUUUUAGCAGAAGGGAAUGAUUUGAGACGCACGGAUCUCUCAUCUCCCUCGCUCCAUGGAAACGUCAUAUCCACACCCCAGAUGAUUUUCUACCAGAGUGUAGCAGGGGUCUCAUGCCUUGUCCGAUAACUUUGAUACCUUAAAGCUAUAAACAUUUAAGGAAUCUUUUUUGGCGGAUACACAUGCAGUCAAAAGUGUCCCAUAAAACCAGUGUGCCAGAAACGUUAAGGGCUUCUGUUCUGUGUCAUUUCAAAAACAGUGUCACCAUACUGGGUGGUCACCUGUCCAAAAGCACAACAGAGCAGGCGUAAGUUACAUGCCUAGUGCCACCUUAUUCUUCUAGGGGCUGUUAUCACAGUGCGUUUUAUUACUUUAAUCGUAUCAGAGCUGUUGGUGCCCCAUGCACUGCUGUGUAUUUCAGAUAGCGCACAUGAUCAACACACCAGACCGGAUCCAACAUAUGGCCACCUGAGAUACAGUCGUGGCACUGUAGGUUAAACCCUGAAUCGUGUGCCAAGAUGACACUUCCAUAGUGUUUAAGAAAGCACAAGACGUAAACCAGAAACACAGUGGUGUCAAACACAGGGGAUGCAUUGCUGUUGAUAAUAGACAGAAAAAUCUACAGUGUUUAUAUCUUAAUUUCAGGUUUGUGUGUUUUCAGUACUGAACAAACACGUCUGGACUGCAGUAGCCUCUGUGUAUUGGUUGCCUUAAGUUCUAUAGAAUAUGUUAGGCUGUUCCAUUGUAGUGUUGUCAGUGUGAUAGUCAGUUGUCAGCACAAUGAGUGAGAUUUUUCCCUUUUGUGAAACAGAACCUAGUUUAUCAUCCAGUGUCUGAUCAUUCUGGUUGUAGAUGUUACUGAGCUGCCUAGAGUGAGUCUACCCACUACACAUAAGAAGUUUCAAGUGCUUACAUCUAAUGACAAUACACAACGUGAAUUGCUGGUAUAUUUUUAAUUUGGUUAUUUUAUUCCAGUGUGAUUAUCUGGUUGUCUGCCACUCUUUUUACAUCCCAUCUGAGCUUUCGAACACUUUUUUUAAAGAUACAAUAUUUGAACAAAAUCACACACAUAUACAUGACACAUAUUAGUUAAUGAAAAGUAAUACUAAAGCAUAUUUUAUCACACUUGCAAAAAUUCCAAAGUGACAUCCAGAGAAACAUGUUUAGAAACAUAUAGCUCUAUGUCAGGUUUCUUAGUGCAGUUAAAGAAAAGGGUCUCCCUUACGUAAAAGCUCAUCAGAUGUGACAUUUGCAAAUGUCAUCUGCCGUUCCCCUAGAGCCAAGAAUCCUUGCCAGCUGUGGCUAAUAGGACUGACAGUGGUUCUGUGACAGAUGUUCUCUGAUGAGAUCGAGAGGAAUCCACUGUGUUCACAUUCACGUGACUUGCACAUGAGAAUUGGGCAUUGUGUGUGGAACCUGAUUUCUUCAGAUGUUAAUGUUUACUGAGAGCUCAGGCGUUUCUUCAUGUUAUCAAGAUAUUUAAGCAUAAUAAUGCUUAUGGUGAUUCACGUUUUUACACCUCAUGCUGUUACCUCAUUCAGGUUGAUGAAACCUUCAAGUAAAUUCAAGGUUUAGAUUAUUGCAACAGAAAAUAUCAAUGCUUAAUCUAAUGUCCUAAAGUAUAAAUGAAAAACACAAUUUACAUUAAUUUGUUGUAUAAAAAGUGUCUAGAUUCUUUCAGAAUAGUUUUUAAAAAGGAUGUGUAUUGCUCAUUUGUUUUGUUUACUUUUUUACAGUUUCAAAUGUUUUGUUUGUUAAUCUUGUGUGUUGCCUGAUGUCCGUUUACCUUUUCUCAUAGAAUUCAAGUCCAAUUGUAAGUUAUUUGAAUAUAUAACUUCACAAUUGUUUUGUGUUGAGGAGGCUGGAUAUUACUGGAGCGUUUGAUCAAUUUGUAUUUAUUUAUUUUUUAUCAUUUUUGCUAAAUAAAAGUGUAAAUUAAA